GGACUCGCAAUAACUAACCGCCAACCUCUUCUAAAACUACAUUAAACCGAAGACAUUCAGUAAUGUUUGUUGCUGUAGUUUUACAGUCUUAUCCAUGCUGGUGUCGGGUUCUUCACUCAACGAUUAUGUUUAUUGUGGAUGUUUGCUGAAUUUAUAUGUAAGGAAUUGUGUUGCGUGAAAUUCUGUGAAAUGUCUUCUGCUAGACUAGCGGCAACACUGUAUAGAAUCUAAACUGCCGUGAUGUAAAGGGGGUGGUUGAAAACACGGGUUUGAAGUUAGCCUUUAAUUUCAAUUUACUGCGGAAAUGGGAUCGCUUCGAGAAGUAACUCAGCGUAAACUUGGAUAUUUUAUUCAUAAAUGUUCUAGUUACUCCACAACAUAUGUCCCUGAGAAUAUUCAAGAGAACAAGUCUCAUGAUCAAUCAUCAAGAUGGUCCUCCAACUCCAAUAACCCCUGUCAGUACUUAAUUUUGAAACUUCAAAAAGUUUCCAUUGUGAAAAACAUCACUUUUGGCAAGUAUGAGAAAACACAUGUGUGCAACUUAAAAAAGUUUAAAAUCUAUGGUGGCCUUCAUGAUGAAAAUAUGUUAGAACUUUUAGAGAGUGGCCUAAAAAACAACAGCACACCUGAAACUUUUGAAUUACGACAUGAAGUUGGAGGGCAACCUCUUCCAUGUAGAUACAUAAAAAUUGUGCCGCUGCAGUCAUGGGGACCCAGUUUUAACUUUAGUAUUUGGUUUGUGGAAUUGCAUGGAAUUAGUGAUUGGAAUUUUGUGAAGCCUUGCAUUGACUGGUUUAAUUUGUAUCGAGAGCGAGAAGUGAUACGUCACUGCUUGAAACAUUUCCGGCAAAUGAGGUAUACUAAUGCUCUUGAAGCUCUUGCCAAGGAAACUGAAGUUCAGCUGGAAGAUCCCCACCUUACUAAACUCCAUGAAAUUCUUGUAGACCAGGGUGACUUUCAGGGUACAGAAGACUUUAUGUCUGAGGCAGUGUCAUGUGGAAUGUUUAAUGGUUAUAUUGGGCAGCAAGAAUAUAUUCCAGAAUGGAUCUUAAUGCAUGCACCACAACACCCCGAUGUGACGAACAGUUCUGAGGCUAAACGAGAAUGUAGACCGGGAAUGAGAGGGGGCCAUCAAAUGUGUCUUGAUCCAAGUAGUGAAACCAUCUACUUAUUUGGAGGUUGGGAUGGUAAUCAAGAUCUGAGUGAUAUGUGGGAAUAUCACAUACCUUCACAAGAAUGGACAUUGUGCUGCUCUGACACUUCACUGGAGGGAGGCCCAAGUGCUCGCUCCUGCCACAAAUUUUGUUUAGAUCCAGAAAGAAGACAAAUAUUCACUCUUGGUCGGUAUUUAGAUGUCCACUUCCGUUCUCCUCCAAAUCUGAAGAGUGAUUUUUAUGUGUAUGAUAUUGAAUCCAAUACUUGGACAUUAAUAACUGAAGACACUGGUUCCAUGGGUGGUCCACAAUUGAUAUAUGACCAUCAGAUGUGUAUGGACUCUGAAAGAAGGACUAUCUAUGUAUUUGGAGGACGUGUUUUAACACCAUCACUUGGAGCACCUGAAGAAAGAAACCCAGGAAAUGUGGCCAGUAGUCAGGAUCCUGUCUUUUCUGGAUUAUAUUCUUAUCACGUUCCUACAAACACAUGGAAAUUGUUGUGGGAUGACUCAGCUCCUGGUGGACCCCGCAUAAAAUCUCGAGUUGGGCACUCAAUGCUUUUUCAUCCUGUGUGCCGCAGGCUUUUUAUUUUUGCUGGGCAACGGGGAAAAGAAUACUUGAAUGAUUUUUAUACUUUGGAUGUUGAUACUCAGAUAGUACAAGCUGUUUGUGACUGGGGUGUAUCAGGUGCAGGUGAUGGACCAGCAUCUGGAUUUACUCAACGAGCAACAAUUGACCCCGACCUAAAUGAAAUAUAUGUUCUCUCUGGACUGAGCAAAGACAAGGAGAAAAGAGAGGAAAGUGUUCAAAAUUCAUUUUGGGUUUACUAUAUCAAGAAAAAUCAGUGGUCUUGCAUAUACCGAAAUGAAAAUACUGGAGAACAAUACUGGCACAUAGAGCCUUGUCCCCGGUUUGCUCAUCAACUUGUGUAUGACCGCUCUAACAAGGUUCACUAUUUAUUUGGUGGAAAUCCAGGACGAACUGGUUUACCUAAGCUUCGUCUGGAUGAUUUUUGGAGAUUAAGACUUUGUCAUCCAACACCCCAACAGUUGGAUCAUACCAUUAAAUUAAUGAUUCGAAAAUAUCGAUUUGUCGAACUAGCAUCUAAGGACCGUUUUGCUGCUCUGGAAUACUUACAAACUGAUCUCUCAGACAUCAUAGAUCAUAGUAACAAAGACCAGACUAAAGAAUUUCAACAGCUUGCUGCCGUUCUCUUCCAAGGUUCUGAUGGCAGUGGAGAAACAGAUUCUGACACAGCUGAUAGUGAACAAUAUCGCCAGAGAUCAAAUCUUUUUCAUAAAUUAGGAACUUUUUUUCCUGCGGGUAUGACUCAGCCUCAUAGUAGCCUUAUUGACCUAAUUCCAUUGUAGAUUGAAAUUGAACUACUAUACUUUUCAUUGAGUCAGCAUGCCCCAUGGUCUCUGCUGAAAAAGUAAGUUGUAAGUUUAUUAGACUUUUUGUAUGCAGAAUACAGAGAUUUUUAUGAAAUUUUCUUGUAUUGUAUUUGGUAGCUAUAAGUUAUUACUAACAUCCAUGUUACCCUAAGUUAUGCUGUCAAAGAAAAAUAUCCUAGGUUAUAUUUAGAAUUUCCAAUCUAAAUGUGAAUAAUUUGUCAUAAAAUUAUAAAUUAUUAUUUUAUGAAGAGUAUAUUUUUUAAAUCAUGUAUAUGAAAUAUCAAAGGAGUACUCAAAUUAUUAUCUGUAGGCCAACACUCUUUGAGAAAUGGUGAUUGUGAUCAUACCUAUCUGUUAUUCUGUAUGUGUGGGUGGGUGGGUCUAUUUGAUCUGUUAGUGUUUGAGUUAAGUGUAUCUGUUUUAUGUACACCCCUUUCUAUUCAUUAGAGAAUUGACUGUAGUUAAAGAAGACUGUAAAAGUGAAAGUUAAUAAGUAAUGAGUACUGUUCUUUACCAUUUCCAUUGAGGUCAACUUUAGAUUGCAGCAGUUGCAAUGAAAGCUCACUUUAUUGGUGUCUGGCAGCUCGAAUGGCUUGGUUUGAUGCUCUUAUUUUAAUUGUCUACCUUGGCAUCUCUCUUUCUCUCUCUCUUUUUUUUUUUUUUUUUUUUUUUUCCCAUUUGACUGUCCUAUUUUCCCAGGGCUGUGAGCAGAAUAGUCUUGAGGUACAGCUGCUGUGUUCAAUGUAGAAAAAAAUAUGUUAGUAUCUCUAUAUUUUGCAAACAACUACGGUAGGUCAUGUUGCUUCCAUUAUCUAAUCUAACAAAAAUGCUGAAAGAGGCAGAAAUUAUUCAAUUUACAAGGUCUUGUCGUAGCAAUGACUUGAAUGUACCCCCACAGAUUUCACUUUUUUUUAACAAGAUUUUAAGUCUGAGAACAGCCUUAAAUUUUACCAAAGAACAAUUAUGUUACAACAUCACACCCAUAAAAUGUAGGGAAUUGGCAAAGAGCAGAUUUCUAGUCCCAAUGUUUUCGUUUCACUUGAAACUGACAGGUAAUGUACAUAUUCCCAGCAAACGGUACUGUUGCUGCUCUAUGGAUUUUUUCAAAAACAUUUUUUUCAUUUCGGGACUUGCAAUACUAUGUACUCUUAGAUAAUUUUAUUUUUGUCUAAAUUAUUGUACCUUGUACUUUAACAGAUCUACCUACAUUGUAAAAUGUUUUCAACUUUUUGUUUGUUCUUUUACUGUGUACAAUUUGCUUAUCUCAUCUACACACUCCAAAAACUAAUCAGGUACUAAAAUGAAAAUUUUGUUUUGACUGUAAGAAAAAUAAGUUAGGGUUUUGCAUCUCUCUAGGUGUUGUGAUUUUACUGUUUUUGAACUGUGCUGUAACAUCUUGGCAAAGAUACUACAGAUCAGCACUCAAAAAUGUGUCGAUUCCUACCUCUAUCUUUUCAAUGGUGGUGUUAGGGUAAUCAAAUCUUACAAUUCUUUUCAUUUUAUCAUCUCAUUUAUAAAUCAGAAAGUGCUGACAUAACUCACACUUUUUUCAUCUUUGUUUUCUGCAUCUCUUGCCUGUAAUAGUCUAAACAUGUUUUAUUCUGUUCCAAUUUUAUUUUUGUUAACUUCAGUUUCUGUCUUGUUUUACUUUCCCAGCACUGAAUCAUUUUGUUGCCUUAUAUUUUUGUGUUUGUAGAUACUGUGUGUACUGAAGACUCAUAAUGUUCCCAUUGUCAUGCCAGGGGCAACCAGAGGCCACAAGUGAUCUCUUCCACUUCUAAAUAAAAUUAGAGUUUAUAUCAAGUUGAUGUACAUUUGUAAUGUGCUAUCUGAUAGAUGUUCUUUGUCUAUUUUAUUUUCUCUCAUUUUGAAACAAAAAUGUUGUGAUUGCAAUAUGAUUUCACUAGUCAUAAGGUGUGCUUGUAUUUUAUGUUAGAUGUCAUUUUACGUACAAUUAGCUGAGACAGCAAUAGCCUAAGAACAGCAGGUUUGAAUCAACUAAUUCUAGAGAUCCCUCCCUCCCUUUCACUUUUAUGUAUUAUUUACUGACGUAUAAUUUAUGCUCUCCCUCAACUCUGUAAUUGGAUUUUACAUAUUGUAGGUUGAGCCAAAUUUAGUUUGCCUUCUAAUCCUGUCAUUAUUUAUCAGAUGAAUUUGGCUAAGGACUUUAAGGAGAGAAAAUUCAGUAUUAUGUAAUUCCAUUUAAGUGGAUUGCUAUGUAACUCUUUACUCCAUUACCAAAUUUAAAAUUGCAAAUCAACAACAGCCCAGUGUGAAAUGAUCAAUCACAAAAAGACAUCAAUUUCAAAUUUUGGGACACAUUUUUAUCAUUGACAUCAAACUGAUGUCUUUUGGAUUGAUCAUUUCUCACUGGGAGAUGACUUAGUUUUUGUUGCCAUUUAUCUAUCUGUAUGUGUAGUGAAAUCUUGCAGCUAAACAAUAUGAAGGGAAAAUUAGUGUUUCUUUUAGUUCUUGCAGCUUUAUUCUCAUUCUGUUUUGCAUACUUUAUUUGAUUUGAAUAUAUGUAUGUUCCCUUCCUUACAGUUGACUGAGAGAAAGUUAGUGGCAUCACUUGUUUUAUUUUCUAUUCUAUAUUUUUUUUCCUUUCGUCAUCAUUUUGUGAUAAAACUUUUUAUUUUCAUUUUCUGUUAAGCCUUUAGUUUUCUCUAUCACAGCCGCUAAAUGAAAUAAAGUUGGUUUUGCUUCUGAAAA